UUUAAAAAGAAAAAAAAGAAAAACAAACAGCGCCCUCAAUCCUCCUCAUCUUACUUAGGCAAAAACGCCCAGUGACUCCUUUCUAAUAAUGGAUCUGAAGUCAAUGGGACUUUUGCCUAAGGCCUUCGGGAUUUGUCAAUUAGUGAUGUAAACAACUCUAUGCACUGACAUGACUGCUGCUGAAGGCUGAAUAAAAUACAAUACAUAAACUUCCUAACAGUUUGGUCCUGCAGCCAGUGGUACUUUGGCCUAUGAAGAAAGGUAGGGUUGAGGCUACAGUAGUGCGGGCUGUUUAAUAGGUGUUUGCAAAGCGCUUUGAGAUCCCGGCACGGGGCUUAGCAGCUGGCAUCAGUUUGAGACUUAGCACCAGUUGUCCCCAUGCAGUUGGCUUGGUCUGCGGAUCAGAAAGGUGCGACACUGCCAGCCGCGUGAGGCAGGUCCCGGCUCCAGGCAGAGGCCGGCGCAGCGUGUGGCCCCAUCUCGCCGGCUUGCCCGGAGCAGGAACGCGUCUCCCGUCUCACAUUUCCUCAGCCUCGGGAACAGGCGUUGCACGGCGAGUGGCUACUUGUGGGAAGCGCAGGAGCCGGGGGGGCGGCCUCACACCCUUUCCUCCCCGCCCUCCCGCCGCCAGCCAGUCGCUCAGCCUCAGAAGCGCAGGCAGAGGGCGCCUGAGCCAUGUCCGCCCCCUGCGGCCGCUCAGCUCCACGCGUUGGGGAGGCUCCCGCACCCCGGACCCCGCAGCUGCUGACAGGCGUCCUGCGAGCCAAGGCAGGAGACUGAGUAGAGCGGCUCUCUCCCCCCGCCCCGGCUUCGCCUAGUCCAUGGGGCUGCGCUGCGUGUGUGCAGGCAGGGGGCUGGUGUGAGCAGCUGUGCUCUCCCUCGCCGCUCUGCCCUGCCUCACCUCCCUGCUCCAGCGCGAGCCCGGCUCGGAUGUCCGGUUUCCUGGUGGCUUUUCACCUGGCAAACUCCAGCUAACUUCGGUGAGCAAUUGCAAAGCGUCCGGGCACGUUGCGAGCUCCCUUGCAGGCAGCUGGUGCUGCUGCAUCUUCUCCAUCCCAGGGAUUCUGCCGCCUUGGAUAUUGGGGGGAGGCAACCAACAAAGCCAAGGAGCCUCACGAUUCCCCGUACACUCCUCAAGCUCCCCCCGCCCCGCCACGCCACGCACCCACCCUGCCAUCCUUGCACAAUGCACUUGCUGGGAUUAUUCUCUCUGAUUUUCUAUCUGGCUGCUGUUGCUCUGCUGCUGGGACCCAGGGAGCCGGCCACCGCCGCUGCCUAUGAAUCCGGGCAGGGCUACUACGAGGAGAAGCUCGAUUUGGGGGAAGCAAAGGCUCAUGCAAGCAAAGAGCUGGAAGAGCAGUUGCGGUCUGUGUCCAGUGUGGAUGAACUCAUGACAGUACUUUACCCAGAGUACUGGAAAAUGUUCAAAUGUCAGUUGAGGAAAGGGGGCUGGCAACACAACAGGGAACACUCCAGCUUCGACACAAGAUCAGAUGAUUCAGUAAAAUUUGCAGCAGCACAUUAUAAUGCAGAGAUCUUGAAAAGUAUUGAUAAUGAAUGGAGGAAAACUCAGUGCAUGCCACGUGAGGUGUGUGUAGAUGUGGGGAAAGAGUUUGGAGCAACAACAAACACCUUCUUUAAACCCCCAUGUGUAUCCAUCUACAGAUGUGGAGGUUGCUGUAAUAGUGAGGGGCUGCAAUGUAUGAAUAUCAGCACAAGUUACGUCAGCAAAACGUUAUUUGAGAUUACUGUGCCGCUGUCUCAUGGCCCUAAACCUGUAACAGUCAGUUUUGCUAAUCAUACAUCCUGCCGAUGCAUGUCUAAACUGGAUGUUUACAGACAAGUUCAUUCAAUCAUUAGACGUUCCUUGCCAGCGACGCAACCACAGUGUCACAUGGCAAACAAAACUUGUCCAAAGAAUCUUAUCUGGAAUAAUCAGAUUUGCAGAUGUCUGGCGCAGCAUGACUUCAGUUUCUCUUCCCAUCAUGGAGAUACUGACACUGCUGACGAAUUCCAUGAUAUCUGUGGACCUAACAAAGAGCUUGAUGAAGAAACUUGUCAAUGUGUCUGCAAAGGGGGUGUACGGCCUUCAAGCUGUGGACCCCAAAAAGAAUUAGAUAGAACAUCCUGCCAGUGUACAUGUAAAAACAAACUUUUGCCUAGUUCCUGUGGUCCCAACAAAGAAUUUGAUGAAGACAAGUGCCAGUGUGUAUGUAGAAGAACCUGCCCCAAACAUCAGCCACUAAAUUCUGCAAAAUGUAUCUGUGAAUGUAUAGAAUCUCCAAAUAAAUGCUUCUUAAAAGGAAAAAGGUUUCAUCACCAGACAUGCAGCUGCUACAGACCACCGUGUACAGUUAGAACGAAACGCUGUGAGCCUGGAUUUUAUUAUAGUGAAGAAGUGUGUCGUUGCGUACCCACAUAUUGGAAAAGACCGCUUAUUAAUUAGUGAAGAAAGCACUACUUUUCAUUUUGGUGUACAUUUUUCCAUUAAAAAAACAACUGCGUUAACAUUGGAAUUAACUGUGCACCAGAGACCCUGUGGGAUUCACAGAGACAAACACAUUGUGCUUUUCCCCCAAGAAAUGUGGAAAGCACAUGUAGACAAUAAUGGGGCUCAUGUUGUGUAAAGAACUUACUAAGGACUUGUUUUCUGCCAAUGACAAAACAGUCUUGGUUUUCCUCUUUGUGAUUUUUUUUUAAAAGAGAUAAUGACUAUAUAAUUUAUUUCCACUAAAAACAUUGUGCAGCAUUCCUGUUUAUAGCAGUAACAAUUGUUAAAGCUCACUGUGAUCAAUAUUUUUAUAUUAUGCAAAAUAUGUUUAAAUAAAAUGAAAAUUGUAUUAUAUACUGGUGAGAAUGUUUAAUUGAUUAUUUUAUGACCCAGUCUGUACAAACCAACCACAGCUCAACAACGUGAAUGGUGGUUCUUAAAAUAGUUUCUUGAAAUCCAGAGCUAGAAUUCCUAUCCAAUAAAAAUAAGUGAUUUUAUGAAAGAAAGUGUAAGAAAGACAGCAGUGAACUUUUUGUAUCUGCUUAAAAUAUCUAGGCUGAGCUAUUAAAAAAAAGUUAUAUUUACAACAUUUAUGUCCAGUGAUAUUUUACUAUGUAGACCAACUAGCUAAGCAUGGGUGAUAUUUCAUAAAAACUAUUAUGAGUCCUCUCUAUUGCACAGGAACAAAGCUUGUUCAAAGGAGAGCAGCAGC